CUUCAAUAGAAUGUUUUUAUUUAUUUCUUUGUUUCUGGUACAAGAAAAACAAUAUCAGCAGUGCAUUUGGAAAGCAAUGCACAUUCGUGCAACCCAGCAAACGUAAUCAUUUAUUGGAUAUACCAACUAUAAACAGUAAGUGUAAUCGAAAAGGGGGAGAAUGAAGCGGCGCAAUGCGGACUGCAGCAAACUCCGUCGCCCGUUAAAACGGAACCGAAUCACCGAGGGUAUUCAUAGCAGUACCUUCCUUUACCUGAAAUUCUUGGUGGUGUGGGCUCUGGUACUUUUGGCUGAUUUUGUGCUGGAAUUCAGGUUUGAGUACCUGUGGCCCUUCUGGCUCUUCAUAAGGAGCGUGUAUGACUCUUUCAGGUACCAGGGACUGGCUUUCUCUGUGUUUUUCGUAUGCGUUGCAUUUACUUCAGACAUCAUAUGCCUCCUCUUCAUCCCAGUACAGUGGCUCUUCUUUGCUGCCAGCACAUAUGUCUGGGUGCAGUAUGUAUGGCACACAGAAAGAGGCGUGUGUCUGCCAACUGUAUCUCUGUGGAUACUUUUUGUCUACAUCGAAGCAGCCAUCCGGUUCAAAGACUUGAAAAACUUCCAUGUUGACCUCUGCCGUCCCUUCGCUGCCCACUGCAUCGGCUACCCGGUGGUGACGCUGGGCUUUGGCUUCAAGAGCUACGUCAGCUACAAGAUGCGCCUGCGCAAGCAGAAGGAGGUGCAGAAGGAGAACGAGUUCUACAUGCAGCUGCUGCAGCAGGCCCUGCCACCAGAGCAACAGAUGCUCCAGAGGCAGGAGAGGGAGGCCGAGGAAGCAGCGAACAAGAGCACGUCAGACGGCGACUCCACAGCAGUGUCCCAGAACGGCGCUCCCGCCUCCAAGAAGCUGCCCGCCACGCUGCCCGAGCUGGAAUACCGGGAGAAAGGCAGCAAAGACAGCGGCGGCGGUGGCAAAGACCGCGAGGCCAAGAAACAGCAGCAGCAGCAGCAGCAGCAGCAGCAUCAGCAACAGCACAGCAUAGGCAUCAACAACAACAUCCUGCACACGGUGGACUCCAAGCUCCAGGAGCUGGAGUACAUGGAGAACCACCUGAGCAGCAAGAGACUCAAUAACGAGCUGGGCGGCAGCGCCGAGAACCUGCUCGUGCGAGACGACGCCGCUGGGGCGCCGCCGAGCAACAACAACAACAACUCCUCCUCAACGUCCUCUUCCUCCUCCUCCUCCUCCUCGUCCAAUAAGAACUAUAAAAACGCCACGGCGGGGGGCGGGAGCUCGUCGCCGCGCAGCCACAGCUCCACCAACGGCAGCGUGCCCUCGUCGUCCUCGGGCUCCUCCUCGUCCAAUAAGAACGAGAAGAAGCAGAAGUGCUCGGGCGGGAAGAGCCCGGCCGCGCACAAGGACACGAUGGAGAACUGCAUCCCCAACAACCAGCUGAGUAAGCCGGAUGCACUCGUGCGGCUGGAGCAGGACAUCAAGAAGCUGAAGGCGGACCUGCAGGCCAGCCGGCAGCUGGAGCAGGACCUGCGCAGCCAGAUCAGCUCCCUGAGCAGCGCCGAGCGGAGCAUGCGCUCCGAACUGGGCCAGCUGCGCCAGGAGAACGAGCUGCUGCAGAACCGGCUCCACAACGCGGUGCAGGCCAAGCAGAAGGACAAGCAGACCAUCGUGCAGCUGGAGAAGCGCCUGAAGGCCGAGCAGGAGGCCCGCGCCGCCGCCGAGAAGCAGCUCGCCGACGAGAAGAAGAGGAAGAAGAUGGAGGAGGCCACGGCAGCACGCGCCGUCGCUCUGGCCGCAGCCUCCAGGGGUGAGUGUACGGACUCACUGCGCGGCCGUAUCCGCGAGCUGGAGUCGGAGUGCAAGAAGCUCACGCAGGACAUGAAGCUGAAGGAGGAACAGAUCCGAGACCUGGAGGUCAAGGCACAGGAGCUGCGUAAAUAUAAGGAAAACGAGAAGGAGACGGAGGUGCUGAUGUCGGCCCUGUCGGCCAUGCAGGAUAAGACCCAGCACCUGGAGAACAGCCUGAGCGCAGAGACCCGGAUCAAGCUGGACCUCUUCUCCGCUCUGGGCGACGCCAAGAGGCAGCUGGAGAUUGCGCAAGGUCAGAUCAUGCAGAAGGAGCAGGAGAUCAAGGAGCUGAAGCAGAAGAUUGCGGAGGUGAUGGCCGUCAUGCCCAGCAUCUCCUACACCAGCGAGGCCAACAGCAUGAGCCCUGUGGCGCCCCACUACUCCUCCAAGUUCAUGGACACCAGUCCCUCCAGCCUGGACCCCAACGCCUCCGUCUACCAGCCCCUCAAAAAGUGAACUCUGGCCUCCUCUCCACUCCUUCCUCCCUCCAGCAAGCCAUCCAUCCAUCCAUCCCUCCAGCUCGCCUUUCAUUCCCUGCCUCCAUUUUUUGUUUUUCCCCGUGUUUUUUUUUUUUGUUUUGUUUUUCGUUUUUCUUUUUUCUUUUCAGUUUGACAAGAUUUUGUGUAUGUAUGUGUUCCACUGGGUUUUGUGGGAUGUGGUGUGGUCUGGUGUGGUGCGGUGCGUGUGUGUGCGUGUGUGUGUGUGUGUGUGUGUGUGUGUGUGUUUGUUUGUGUUUUUUGGUUGUUUGUUUUUUCUCCCUACCCCAGUUGAGCCUUUUUGUAGUGUGACUCGUUUGCUCAUUGGCUAGAGAAUGAGGAAUAAGGAGAGUAAGGGAUAUCAUUAACCAAGACUGCCCAUUUUUGUUCCCUCAUUUUUAUACACAUAAAAUGUCUUCUCGGAAGCCGUCAAAAAAGCUGUUUGUUUUAGCACCCACGUGUUUUCAUGGGUCUUUAGAAAGACGUUCUAGAGUUAAGACGGAACAUCGUUUUGCCACUAGUUACUUUUUUAUAUGUCAAAAAAUGGUGGCAGCACAUUUACUUUGAUGUAAAUGUUACCAUCUCUUAAGUUUUCAAUGAAUGUAACUGAAAAUGGAACAAACAAAGCCGACAAAUUAUGCUUUAUGUCAUAUCCUUUGAAAGGAAACAGUUUGUGAAUUUAUUUGUCCACUUUUUUCCUGAAAUGUUGUGAUUGUUUUGGAAAAAGCACAUUUCAGUCCAGUUAUGACCAUAGCAAUGUACAUUUCCUCUUAGAAAAUACAUUUCAUCAUUGGAACUUUUUUUUUUUUUUUUUAAACACACUUGGCCAUGUGUGUUUUUUGUUACUGAACAUGGAUACUCUAAAACUAACACUUGGUCUCCGAGACCAGCCCAAGAUUUGUUUUGUAUUCUGAAACUCGCCUGGUUUCUCAAGAGAAGAGUUCAUUCAGAAGGGACGGACUGUGGCAUGGUGUACUCAUUAACUUGAUGCUGCAAAAACAUUUGGGGAAUGUUGAUCUCUUUGAAUUAAUUGCAAAAUGUUUUAUUCUUGGACCAAAAUUACAUAGGACAUAGAAUUCUUUAAGCAAUGCAAAACAACAACCGUGAAAAAAAGAGAAGAAAAAAAAACACAUUGAAUAUGAUGAUGUCUAGGUAACUGAUAUUUGCCAGUUGUCAUACUACACAGUGCCUUGAGAUCUCUUCGAACACACAUACACAUACAGUACAUAUACACACACUCUGCAAGAUACUUGUCUGACACUUCUUUACAGACUCCCAGAAUCCUUAGCAAGUCCCUUCCUACCUAACCCCCCCACACACACACACACACACACACACACACACACACACACACACACACACACACACACACACUCCAACUCAUACACACCUGACCCAAUUGUGUUGUUUCUGCUUAGCUCCUCAGUGACCCCUGUCAUGGUGUAAGGGAAAAGGUGGAUGUGGUAGUUUGAGUGGGAGUGGGGGGUUGUGUUAAGUCCAACCUGCCAAAUGCCCCCUGCAAGGACCCCACCCCUCAUCAGGCCCGCUGGCCGCCAUCGAUUUGUUUACGACAAUGUAAAAUAACUUUUUUUCUGCUGAAUGUUUUGAUUUGAAUUGUUCGUUUAGAUUUUGUUUUUGUUUUUUUUUAGUCAAAAAGUGCCAAGUUAAUGGGUGUUUGUUUCUGCGUUCAUGUUUUUGUUUCGUAUUCCUCCAUGCAUAUUUAUUUAAAAUGAUGACUAUGAUGAUAAUAAUGUAAGAUAAUACGUUGGCGAAAGCACUGGAGCGUAUUUGGUUUUCCUUCUGUGAUUGUAAGAAUGGAAAGGAAAGGGUGAGCCUUUGGUUACAUCCCCAAUCCCCACCCCUCGCCAUUUUGGAGUUAUGUUCUUUCAGUGGUUGCAUCAUGUUACAAAGAGGAGCAGCUCAUCUGCUUUUAAAUUUGUUUUUGUAAGUUUUGUUUUGUUUAGGGUUUUUCUUUUUUUUAAAUCUCCAGUGGGAUGAAGUUGUGAAAGUGCUGCAUCUAUCUUUACUGUACUUCUCUCCCAACCCUCACUCCCAAGUCCACCCGCCCAUUUCCUUUUAGCGUUGACCAUGUUGUGUGUUUUAUGGCCUACCUUGGAAAAGUAUUUCUGUGGAUUGCAAUGGCGUUGUACUGGAUUAUUGAAUUUCUUUUUGUAAAACUUUUGUGGAGAGUAAAAGUAAAAAAAAAAAAAAAGUUUUGUUUCUCUCUGUUGCUCGUCCACUUCGUUACUUUCUAGAAUUGAUCUCCGCUGCGUUUGCUCACUCUGUGGGGUUUACGAAACCAUUAAAUGAAAUCUUGCUGGGUUAUGCAAGAUGUUUGAAAUGGC